CAGACUUGUGACACAGCAUCAACAAUAGCUGAUGAUGUGGCACAAUUUUUUUUUUUACUGGCAAAUCAGAAGAGGGGCUAAGGCUAUUAUUUUGCUUUGCCUUCCCACAAGGCUCCUCACCACAAAAUAUGGCUUAGAAACAUCUUUUGUUCCUCCAGCUGUGUUAGGUUAUUGCUCAGAUGAUUUCAUCAGCACACCAAGUUGCUCCCCUCUACAACUUGAGCUUCCCAGACUUCCAAAGAGUAAGUUUUCUUGAAUACAACAUACAAUUUUAAAUAUGGGGAUUCUGAGCCAGCUAUCAAUCAUUUACCUCCUGUGGACUGCUAUGGUCUUUUGUCAAUACGAAGACUAUGAUUUUGGGGAUGAAUAUGAUGACGAGCCAGAUCAUCAGCAUUCCUAUUAUUUUAAUCCAAGUCCACAAGCUGAAGUUCCCCGCUUUCCUGUUCCAGUCGAGUGUGCCAGAGAAUGCUUUUGUCCACCAGCUUUUCCACUAUCAAUGUACUGUGAUCACCGUAAACUUAAGAUGAUACCAAAUAUCCCUCCUCACGUCCAACAACUCUAUCUGCAAAACAAUGAUAUUGAAGCUGUACCUGCAGGACCGUUCACUAAUGUUACCAUUUUAAGAGAAAUUAAUCUCAGCCACAACAAAAUUAAAUUUCAUAUGAUUGACCAUGGCGUUUUUGCCAAACUGUCACAUUUAGUGCAGCUUCAUUUACAGCACAAUGAAUUAGAAGAAUUUCCAUUCCCACUCCCAAGCUCUCUGGAGCGACUGCUCCUUGGUUUCAAUAAAAUUUCUCAGUUAUCCGGAAAUGCAUUGGAAGGAUUACCAAACAUAACCAUGCUUGACCUUUGCAAUAACUUUCUUGAUGACUCCGUACUCAAAGGAAAACGCUUUUCAGUCAUGAAAAAUUUAAUGCAAAUCAACUUAUGCAAUAACAAAUUAGAGACUAUGCCUCCUGAUCUACCAUCAUCACUUAUGUAUCUCUCUCUUGAAAACAACUCGAUUUCUUAUAUUCCAGAAAACUAUUUCAGCAGACUUCCAAAAAUCAUUGCUCUAAGAAUGUCCCACAACAACCUGCAGAACAUUCCAUACAACACCUUUAAUCUACCUAACCUUUUAGAACUUAAUCUUGGACAUAACAAAUUGAAACAAUUAUUCUACAUUCCAAGAAGUCUGCAGCAUUUGUAUAUUGAAGACAAUGACAUUGAAAUGAUAAAUGUUACUUUGAUGUGUCCAUCUAUUGAUCCAAUGAACACCAAACAAUUAACGUAUAUACGGGUGGACCAAAAUAAGCUAACAACUCCAAUGAGCACGUAUGCCUUCUUCUGCUUUCCUCACAUUAGAACCAUUUAUUAUGGUGAACAAAACAGUAACGUCAACAAGUCAACUCAACUAAGAACACCAGUGUUUCGCCGAUUAUUAACACCAGAAGAAUAUGAUGAAGCAGAAGAUGAUCAUGAAACACAUGAUCAAGAAACUGAAGAAGAUCGUGAAGAAGAAAACAACUACUUUUAUCCUUAUUUUCAGUGAAAACAUCUCUGUUAAUGAGUAUACAUGGAAACUUUUGCUUACUUGUGGGGUACUUGUGUCCAUUUCAGAACAUCUGGAUAGUUUGGGGUAUUUAAGAUACAUUUAUAUAAAGUGGAGAUAUAGGAUUUCAGUGUACAUAAAUAUGACAUUACUGGUGUAGUAAAAGCCAUAAUACUGGUAGCAAAGUACACUCAUGUCAGCAUUUAGUAGCAGUCUGAUAUAUAACCUGAGGUAAUGAUGGACUCAUCUGAGGGUUGGCAGUCUAAGCAAAAGAAAAGUGACCUGAAAAAGGUUUGUAUGUUCUAAAGUGAUUCAUCUUGCAAAAUGUUUAUACCAGAUCAACACAGUGCUCAACAGGAACAUGUGGAUAACGGCAAAAAUCCGUCCAGCUAGACAUUCUACUAUUAUUCUACUAUUCUGACAGCAGUAAAAAAAGACAUAUUAGAGAAAAACAUAUGUUACAUAUGUUACAAAAACACUUUCCUGCACAUCUUCCAGAAAUACAGAUGUUGCUUCUUUCAAUAUCUAGAUGGACAGGAAACUCACAAACAUGGAGUUCCAAAUCUUUUUAAUAUUUGUUUCCAGUGUUUUGCCAAGAUAUAUUAUAAUACUUAUUCCUCAGCUUGUACCUUGACUAUAACAAGUCUUUCAAAAAGCAGAUUUUAGUUGUUUAUAUAGACAAUGAACAACCUCUCUUCAGUGAUCUUAGGAUGUUCAUUAAUAUAACUCUCAACCAUCAGUAUUUAAGUAUCAGUAUUUAAGUUUUACCUAUACUUUAGAAGGCAUUGAAAAUUUAACACUUUUUGAUUAGAAUUGCUCAUCAGCUAGAACAGGCACAAAUAGUGGCAUUCCAGACUUUAUUAAGACCAUCCCUCUGCAUAGAUGAUACCAGUAAGAUAUAUUCUGCUUCGAAGUAGAAAAAAAUUGCUUAAAGUAACCCACAGAAAAGUAAUAUAUACUGUUUGAACUAUGGAAGUUUAUUGUUAUGUUAUAUGCCUAGAAAGAGUUGCAAAUCACUACAGUAUAGGAUACUAUUAGAGGGCACUUCAGCCUUUUUUUAUUAGUAGUAUUAGUAUUAAUUACCCCCCUCCCCCCCCCUUUUUUAAAAAAAAAAAUUCAGCAUUUCAUUUCCUGAUAAACCUUUGUUAGUAGUGAGGAAGAAUCACCAUUUCCACAAGAAAAACUAAUGAGCGCGAUAAACUAUAUAUCAUACUCCCAAUGUGAUAUUAUACUUUAAGUCUAGGGAAAAUAAAAACGCUACAUAAAAUUACAAGCAAAUUUGUAUUAGAAUUUCUAAAAAGUUGGUCAGUUUUCUUUCUUAUAAGAUCAGUUUUGUUUUGAUAUUUUGUCCAAAAUAUACCUUCUUGGUAUAUUUUGGAUUCUGAUACAAGAAUUAAUAUACUAACAAAUGAAAAAAAUCAGUCAUGCAUCUGUACCUUUGAAUGGAGAGAAAUUCCUCAUAAGCCCAUGAAUAUACCCCAGUCUUUAAGAACAACUGCUUAUAAAGAUUUAUACAUACAAAAUUUAUUAUAUCAUUAUCAACUUGGAAUCUUAUGUUGUCUCACUUAAGAAAUCUUCUCUCCUCUCUACCCCUUUUUCUCUUGCAUUUUAUGAACAGAUACAUUUAUGGCAAAGUAUUUUUAUGGUAGCUACACAAAUUUGUAAAUGUGUAGCUAGAACUCUACAGAAUUUAUCUUCCUUUAUUAAAAAAAUAGUUUAUUAACAUUUAUCAGCUUCAAGAACCUCUGUCUUCCUUAAAGAAUAAUAUAUAAAUGUAUUCAUUAUAGUAUUUAAAUGCUCUCAAAAAACAAAUUUAUAUUAUAUACACAAAUUUAAAUAUAUAUGUAUGUAUGGUUUUAUUAAUAUAAACUUAUAGUAUAUUAUCCUUAGGGAAUUGUUAUAACUUUUCAUCUCUUUCAGAUUGUAAGUGUAAAAGAACAGUGCACAAAAUACAAAUCUAAAUUAACUGACUCUUUUGAAAGUCUUGCUCAACCUUAAAAAACACUAUUCAAAUAUAAUAGUAUUAUAAAUCUUUUAUCAUAAACUUUCUGCUUAGCUUUAUUUUUAAAGUAGCUUUAAAGACAGACUUUUAGUAACUAGUUGCAUGUUUCUUGUAGUUUAAACAUAAAUCAAACUGAUAAUAUAGUUCUAAAGUUUUCAGUAAUUAUUACAUUAAAUUCAUUCACAUAGAACAUGAAAAUUGUAUUAUAAGCAGAACCAUCAUAAUUCAUAUUUCAUUCUAUUAAUAUUAUAUCCUGUGUGGCAAAUACAAUGCUAUUUUUUAGAAAAGAUUUCAGGAUGGUCAGGGAACUAAAGACCUGCUAGCCCUAUGUCUAUAUUAGAGAGAGAAGUUAUCGUGAAGUUCAGAAUCAACUGACACCUAGAUAACUACAGUUGACAUUGGUAUGAGUGGACAUGGCAUCUGUGAAAGGAUGUUCUACCUUGCAAAUCUCUUCGAGUUUGUUGCGGGAAUCACGAAAGGUGUGUACAAGAGAGAUCCUGGUUCAAACUGCCUACCAUUAAUUUCUGAAGAAUUUUUGAGGAAAUCAAGCUGCCACAGACUGAGAGGUGACAGCACAGACAAAACCAAAUGAAAUAUAGGAAAGAUUAAAAGCAUUAAAGUUAAGCAGUCACGUCUUGUUGUGGAGGAAGUCCAUUUGCAGGAGUUUUGCAAAGGGCUGGUGCCCAGCAAAUUGGGGUGAUCUGAGAGAUGACAACAAAGAUUGCUAAGAGAUGAAGAAGAAUGACCCGCUACCAGGAUGCUAAAAUAGUAAAUGAAAUUCAGCAUCAUUAAAUGUAAAGUAAUGGUUUUGUGAAAAGAUAAUAUUAGCUUCACCUAAAAGCUAACAAAUAAUGACUUGAGUACCAUCACUCGGGAGCAAAACUUGAAAGUAACAAUAGAUGGUACCACAAAAGCACUGACUAACACCAGACACCAUUAUGCCACUGACCCAGACAUUUAACAUGCUGGAGACUUCUGACCCCUUGAGCUACCCAUAAUCUUUACAUAUGGCAUAAUCAGCAGAGGAUUAGAGAGAGAUUGUAAGGGCACCAAAGGUAAGGAAUGGUUUCUAUAUAAACAAUAUUAAGUUGGCUGGGACUCGCCAGCUAAGAAAAGAGAUGGCUAAGGGGAAAUAAAAGAGAUGUUUACAAGAUUAUGAGUUGCACACACACCAUGGGUCCAGGGAUCAACUGCUCCAGUGCAGGAGCAAGGAGGUAUUAAAGAAAGCUGGCAUGAGUCAGGUAUAAGCCAAGCAGAGGAAAAGAAGUUUGCAGGCGAUGUGUAGUCAGCUCGUUAAACUGCGUGCCUAAGAACACAGUGAACACAGCAACCCUUUCACAUGUGGUUUUAAGGGAAGACUGGAUAAGUAACUGUGUUUCUUGGAAGAGAUUCACUGCAGGUUGUUGGGCAGAAAGCACAGUAGAUGCAGAAGUGCUGAGCAGAAAAUAGUUGGCACAUGGAAGAAUAUUUGUAAAUGGGAGUAGAGAAGAAUGAUAUAUGCUUGUUUUAUUCCCAGUCUUCCCAGGGUACCUGCUUCCAGCUAUUUUUGGAGACAGGACACUGUACGCUAAUUUGUUUGGAACUCCAUGUCCAAACUACAUACCCACUACAUUCUCACUGUCUUUGACUGUGGUUAGCAUGCUUCCAUUGCUCCUCACUACUGCUAUAUGCUUAAAGCCUUAAUAUAUUUGCAUUUUUAAUAUAUUUGAUCUUGAUCCUCAA